AUGCACACCCGUCCGUCCGUCCGUCUCCUUCUUCCCCUGCUCGCCGCCGGCCUUCUGGCAAGCGCGGUGCACACGGCCGAUGCGGCCGAAACGCUGACCGUCUACACCUAUGACAGCUUCACCGCCGAAUGGGGGCCCGGCCCGCAGGUCGAGACCGCGUUCGAAGCCGAAUGCGGCUGCGACCUGCGCUUUGUUUCGGUCGCCGACGGCGUCGCGCUUCUCAACCGGCUGCGCCUGGAAGGCGGCAACACCGACGCCGACAUCGUGCUCGGCUUCGACACCAAUCUGACGGCCGAGGCGCGCGAGACGGGCUUUUUCGCCCCGCACGGCAUUUCGCUCGACGCGGUCUCGGUGCCCGGCGGAUGGAAUGACGACGUCUUCGUGCCGUUCGACUACAGCCACUUCGCCAUCGUUUACGACACCGAGACGAUCGAAAACCCGCCGACAUCGAUGGCCGAGUUCCUGGCCAAUGAAGACGGGCACAAGAUCGCCAUCCAGGACCCCCGCACGUCGACCCCCGGGCUCGGGCUGAUGCUUUGGCUGAAAAAGCUCUAUGGCGACGAGGCGCCCGAUGCCUACGCCAAGCUCGCCGACCGGGUGCUGACGGUGACGCCGGGCUGGUCGGAAGCCUAUGGCCUGUUCACCAAUGGCGAGGUCCCGAUGGUGCUCUCCUACACGACCUCGCCGGCUGUCCAUAUCGUGCUCGACGGCACCGACCGCUAUCAGGCGAUGGCGUUCGAGGAGGGCCACUACAUGCAGAUCGAGGUGGCCGCACAGACGACCGCCGGAGCCGAAAACCCGCUCUCCGCGCAGUUUCUGAGCUUCAUGACCGGACCCGGUUUCCAGGACAUCAUCCCCGAAACCAACUGGAUGAUGCCCGCCGGCGAGACGUCCAAACCGCUCAAUCCCGCCUUUGACGGGCUGGUCGAGCCGGAGAUCACGCUUCUGUUCGAUCCGCAGACCGUCGCCGAAAACCGCGCGGCCUGGACCGCCGAGUGGCUCGAAGUGAUGAGCCGCUCCCUGGCGGGCAUCUUGCUGGCGGCCCUGUGCCUCGUCGCGGUCGGUGCGCUUGUCGUGCAGGCGGGCGGCGCCGGCGGCGCCGGCGCGGUUCUGACCGACCCGGUCGUCUGGCGCAUCGUGCGCUUCACCCUGUGGCAGGCGUUCUGGUCGACCGUGCUGUCGGUCGGCCUGGCGGUGCCGGUGGCGAUCGCGAUCACCCGCAUGGCUGACGGGCCGGGCCGGCGCGCCGUCCUCGCCCUGUUCGCCCUGCCGCUCGCCCUGCCGCAGAUCGUCGCCGUGCUCGGCGUCGUCGCGCUUUACGGACAGCGCGGCUUCGUCACCGGGCUGGCCGAACGGGCCGGCUUCGACCCGCCAUCGAUAUACGGCCUGACCGGCAUCCUGAUCGCCCACACCUUCUUCAACCUGCCGCUGGCCGCGCGCAUCAUGCACGGCGCGCUCGCCCUCGUGCCGGCCGAAUAUGAGCGCCUGUCCGCGCAGCUCGGCAUGGGCGCGCUGGCGCGUUUUCGGCUGAUCGAAUGGCCGGCCAUGCGCCCGGCUGCCGCCGGUGCGGCGGCUUUGGUUUUCAUGCUGUGUGUGACCAGUUUCGCCGUCGUGCUGAUCCUGGGCGGCGGGCCGCGCGCAACGACGCUGGAAGUGGCGCUCUAUCAGGCCCUGACUUUCGAUUUCGACAUUGUCCGCGCCGUGGUGCUGACGCUUCUUCAGCUGGCCGUCACCAUCGGGGCCGUUGCCCUGUUCGCAUUCGCCGGCGGAUCGGUGGAAGCCGGCAUGACCAUUUCGGCCGGCGCGUCACGCCGCUUUGCCGGCGACCGGCCCGCUGGCGCCAUCUUGGGCGGCGCGCUGACCCUGAUGGCGGUCCUUUACGUCGGCGCGCCGUUUGUUGCGAUCCUUGCAAGCGGCUUGGCCAGCGACCUGACGGAUUUGAUCGUCCAGCCGCGUGUCCGGCGGGCCAUGCUGACCUCGCUCGGCCUCGGCCUUUGCGCCGCGGCCCUCGCCGUCGGGCUGGCCUAUGCGCUGUCGCGCGGCGCAGCGGAAAUGGCCGCAGGGCGCCGCUUCUCCGGCCGGCCGGCCUUCACGGAGACGGUUCUGACCAGCGCCCCGUCGCUGAUCCUCGUGGUGCCGCCGAUCGUCAUCGCGGCGGGCUGGUUCAUCGCCCUGCGCACGGUGACCAACGUCUAUGACGCAGCACCUUAUCUCGUCAUCACAGUCAACGCGGCCAUGGCGAUGCCGUUCGCCGCGCGGCUGAUCCAUCCGGCCAUGCUCGCCGCCGAAGAGCGCAACGGACGUCUUUGCGCCCAUCUCGGCCUUGCCGGCAUGGCACGCUGGCGGCUCGUCACCUGGCCGGUGCUGCGCGCGCCGCUGGUCGCCGCGCUCGCCUUCGCGCUCGCCCUGUCGCUUGGCGAUCUGGGCGUGAUCGCAUUGUUCGGCUCCGAGCAGGUGCAGACCAUGCCCUAUCUGAUCAUGCAGCGCAUGGGCGCCUAUCGCACGCAGGAUGCCGCCGGACUGGCGCUGAUCCUGAUGGUCAUGACAAUGGCGCUGAUGCUGGCCGCCGAGCAUUUCGCGCGCCGAUCACGAACGAUGGUGACGGAAGGAAGCAGCGAAUGA